UUGGUAGCAUUAAAUAAAAAAAACAGCACUCACUCACUUCCGCUGAGCAAGGUAUUCCGACUUCCGCCCCUGUCCCUUGCGCAAGCAGCAACACGCAACCGCGGAACCGCCAACCAGCAAAGCAGUACCGGAGCAGCCGAGCAGGGAGCCACGCCGGACGCCGCCAGUCCACCACACCGGACCUCCAGCUCGUUGAAAGCCGCGCUACCGUCUUCCAGACCCAUCCCGCCUUACCCCCUUGGCCCUCCGUCGUCCGCCUGCGGCCCUGCGACUUGCCCAGUUGCCCGAGGUCUGAUCCCACCGGUGCGGAUUUGGAGCAAUUGUUAGACACUGUCACCAGCGUUUACCGAAUGUAUGAGUUCGCAGUGAUCUAUAGUUUGGAUGGAUUCAAGGCAACUGCGCCAGACUUCGGAUGGACAUGAUGGUUUUGGAAACAUCCAGAUUUCAAAUCAAAUCCAUUUUAUGUUGCCGGGGAUUCUUAUGCAGGGAUCGUUGUUCCAAUUAUAAGUGUGCUUAUAUCUGAUGGAAAUGAAGUUGCCAACAAGUCGGAGGUGAUCAAUCUUAAGGGGUACAUACUAGGAAACCCCGUAACAUUUCCUGCCCAGAAAAAUUAUUCAAUUCCAUUUGCUCAUGGAAUGGGUCUCGUCUCCGGUGAACUUUACAAGUCGAUUGCAGAGAACUGUAAAGAAGAAUUUGAAGAGAUGGAUGGCAUGAAAAAUGAUUUGUGUUCUCAAGAACUCAAGGUGUUCAAGCAGAUGAUAAGUAGAAUCAAUCCGGAACACGUUCUUAAACCCGUAUGCGAAUCACAGUUCAUAUUGUUAAUGCUAACUUCCGGCGGUGUCAAAUUUUCCAAUAAAAGAACCACGAGAUCACUGCGUGAGAAAAAACUAAAUAUGCAAUGGUGUCGUGGUAAGUACCACGAUCUCUCAACUUAUUGGGCAAAUGAUAUUAGUGUCCAAGAAGCACUACAUGUUCGAAAGGGAUCCAUCGAACAAUGGGUGAGAUGUAGAUCGAUUAUUUUUCCGAGCGCCUAUACGGUCACAACAGGAGAUAGCAGACAAUCAGGGGCGGACGUAGUGUAUAAUGAGGGUAAGCAUAGGCUUCACCACAAAAAGCUUUCUCAGCCUAUACGGAUGUAGCAUUGGUAUAUAAUUUCUCCUAGGCUUCAGGUCAAUGGUUCGAAACCCCUCUAAAGGCUUCACUUGAUUUUGUUUUAUACGGACUCAGUGCAAUGAUUUAUUUUUGAAGCACCGGAUGUGGCCAACUAACCUUACGGGCUCUGGAAUCUGGAUGGACUAGGCAUCAAAAGUAAAAAAUGUCCACCCUCUCUAAACACUAAAUAAACCCAAUAGGCAAUUUUUUCAAAACGUGAAGACCAAGCAAGCAGCUUUAAGUUCCUGAAUAUAUUGAUUGUAAAAAAAAAUCCUGAAUAUAUAAAUGACUACAUCCUAUUAUAAUUAUUAUCAUUAUUAUUAUUAAAUCAACAUGUCUACAUUAUAUUGUAUUAUCUAAUACUCCAUAUUUCAAUUUUUUAAAAUUUAAAUCAUGAAGUGUUAUCUUAAUUUUUGUUCUUAUGAACGGACGAAAUAUCGAUAAUAAAAUACUCUCUCCAUCCUCCUAACUUUGUCCCGUUUUACCUUUUUCCCUCAUCCCAUUAAGUUUGUCUCAUAUCAUAUUUGGUAAUGUUUGGGUGGUUACAGUUUAUUCUUACUUUACUCACACUUUAUUAAUUCAAUAUCAACUACAUAAUUUCACUUUUUCUUAAAAGUUGUAUCAUAUCCUCUUGUCCCAAACAUGUGGGACGGGGGGUGCUAUAACAAUAUAAUGGUAUACACUUAUACAUGUAUAUAUGUCAAAUACGUUAAUUUGGUUGACAUGAAAUUAUAUAGCAAUAAAUAAUUACGUAGUAUGAAUUUAUUGCUUUUUACAGUGCACAUUACAUUUUUUAUUCUAGUGUUCAUAUUUGUAAUGAUGUUUUUACUUUGAAAUUUUAUGUACAUAUAAUGUUCAUGUAUAAUUUUGUGCAUACACUGACCCCCGAUGCCUAGAUCCGCCACUGUAUCAUGCAAAUCUUAGUCGUAGAGGUUAUGCUUCAUUAAUAUUCAGUGGUGAUCACGACAUGAAAGUGCCAUUCCAAUCAACUGAAGCAUGGAUUAAAGAAUUAAAUUACACUAUCACAAAGGAUUGGAGACCAUGGAUUGUAAAUGAUCAAAUUGCCGGUUACACAAGGUCUUAUUCCAAUCAAAUGACAUUUGCAACCGUCAAGGGAGCAGGACAUGUAGCUUUCGAGUAUAAGCAUCAGGAGUGUGCGGUUAUGCUAACAAGAUGGUUAUCUCAGGAGCCUUUGUAGAAAGGUAGAGGAAAAAAUGAGAACAAACAAAUAAAGCGCACCGUAAAAUGCGCAUGUAAUUAAACUGCUUCUAUGUAUAGUAGCUAGUACAAUAGGUUUUAAUGAAAAGGAUGAUACAAACUUAACUACCCAUUAAACUAGAAAAAAAAUGACAUGUAUAUUGCUACUAGAAUUUUUCCGUACAAAAAUAUGACUAGUUAUGCUUUUGGACAAAAAUGUGACUAGUCGUUGUGUACGAGUAAUUUAACAAUAGUCACUAUAAUAUAUUUAAGAUUGAU